UACAUCACCCAUCAUGUCUCCCUAAUAUCCUGGGACCAUCAUAGCUACAACAACACUGCAUACAACAUUUCAAUUUGCCAGCUUGGCAGGGCAGUGAGUUCUGCUAAAUAAAGAAAAAUCUCCAAAGAGUACAAGAAGGAUCCAAGAACAAUGAUUUCCAGCCACAAUAUUGCACUGAUAAUCAAAGUAUGGUCCACGGGCCACCUGUGGUCACCUUUUCUGGUGCUCUGCAGACUGAAAUAUUUUAUAGCCAAAAGGUAAGAAAUUGGGGGUUAGUGGGGAAGUGAGUCCAUGAAAAGCUUUUUCUUAAAUAGCCUUACAAAGCAUUAAAAGCUUGAGCACCAGUUAUGUUAGGGAAUCCCUGCAGCUCCUCUCCAGGAAUGGCUUCAUUUGAAAUUACUCUGACAAGCAAUUCUAUUUUUAAAAUGUCCAGCACCACUAGACUCUUGUCCCUGCAAACACUCACAUGUGUCCUGCUGAGGACUACUUGUGCUUGCAGUACAUAAAUGAUAGAAAGAUUAUUGGACAACUGCAGCUCUGAACUUUUGUAGUACAGCCAGCAAUGUCACCUUCUACCAGAAAGCUGACUGGGAUAUAACUGUUCUAGGAUAUAACUGUUCUAGAACCUUCUUGUUAAGCGCUCCUGUUGAAAUCUCCCUAGGGGUUAUUUCAUUAGUAAAUCCUGUUUGGUAGGUGUCUUAUCUAUGUACAUUCCAUUCACUGUGCCUGAUGAUAUCAGGAUAGAACCAGAGGAAAGGUUAUUAUGACAUCACCCAGACAAAUAGAAUAUUCUCAUCUCUUGGUGACAUGUCCAUUUGCCCCUCUGCUAACAGCCAGAGUAACUGGACCUCCAACUACACCUCUAGAACGAGGAAACUAAACAGGCUUACCCUGUGAUUCAGUUUGAAAUUGUCAGAAGUUUAUUCUUAGUGCAGGAAAACUACCAGGUCCUAAACAUGGUAGUGCAGGAAUCAUCAUCUUCAUCAUCAUCAUCAUCAGGAAGCUCAUAUGAAUCUGAAACAAACUCAGAACCUGAGCCUGAAGCUGCAACUUCUAAAUUGGAACUCACUAUCAGUCCUCUCACUGAAAUCCCCCCCUCAGUGAAGAACAUAUUGGAGAAAAUUGAUGCUGCCCAGCUCAACAGAGCCAGGAAGGUACAUGUUGACACUGAGCACCUGAUCUUUGGGGCUGCUGAAUGCCUCUUAUGAGUAGGAUGCAAGGGAGACUAUCCCUUUGUAGGAGAGGCAUCAGAGAUAGGUGGAGGUCUCAGAUUUUAUUCCCAUUACCAUUAGGGAUCUUGAGUUGUUUCCAUUUUUAGUGAACAGCUCAUGUCCACUGCCAGUUGGUUUUAUUAGCCAUUUGAGGAGCAGAAUAUUUGCUUCCUGAUAUUUGGCACUUUGAAAUAAAGGGACAUGAUCCUGAGAAGUGUUAAGCACUCCCAUUUGCAGUGCUGAGACCCACCCUAGCUAGGUUCUAUUCCUAGCUCAUCCCCUGUUAUAUGUUACUAUAGCACCCAGAUCUCCUAACUGAGAUCAGAGCCUCAUUGUACUAGGCAGCACAUAAUGAGAGGCAGCUCCUGCCUCGAAGUUUACAGUCUGAAUAGAGAAGUCAAACAAAAGGUGGGAGAAAGGAAGUAUUAUCUCACAUAGAAAUUUAAGUGACUUGCCCAAGGUCACACAAGGAGUCUGUGGCAGAAUGAAACCUAGCUCUCCUGAGUCCCAGUCCAGUGGAUUUACUUACCUGGGCUUGAGCUCCCUGCAUGCAGGGUGUUCUAGAAACAGUAUUAUUAAGGCCCCAUCCUGUCUCUUUAGGAGGUUUUUAAGCAACUGUUUGUAAUUCUGGACAAUGUGAACCGGGUAUGUGACCGCUUCAAAGGGGACGAAGUGAUGGACCCAAAGAUAGAAGAACAGUUCUUCCUCUCUGGCACUUGGGCUGAGAGGAAACGGAGGGCACUUCUACUGGACAAAGUAGCCAUCUUGCUCAAAGCCAGCACAGCUCAAGGGAAAGAUUUAAAGUUCGUUCUGGAAUCGUUAAAAGAAUGGGGUGAAAUGUUGUCAGAAGGCAAAGAACAAGUAGGAGACACCCCCACUGUCCAGUGGGUCAGUGAUAUGGAGACCAAGCUGCUGACUUCCCUUGAUUAUACAGAAGGGUGUAUAAUGCAGCUAAUCGAUCUCUGCACACCUCUUGUGGAACACAGAAGGAAAAAGAGGGGGAAAUCAAUUGUUCCCAAAACUGGCAUGUGGAGAGCAUGGCGAGAAAAAGUUGCACAGAAACCUCAGGAAGCCCAGCCCUUGAGCCCUGAACAAAUGCUAGAAGAUGAAUCUGUAACUUUCUCCAGGACUUCUGAGCUCCUUACUAUGUUACAGGAAUUUGUAGGGUCAACACUGUUCAACAAAGCAGAAGUUGUUGUUGUUAAAUAUAUAGUGACAAUGGUGGCCAAUCUCACCAAAGCCUUCACUCUGCUAACCAAACAGUCCCGUGGCCUGCAAGCAAAGUAUGAUACCUUAGCAUCCCAGGAGUCCAGGAAGCAGGAAGUUCAGUAUGUGAACCUUCAAAAGGAAGUACUGGUGCUUAAUGAGAAAAAGGCAUCUUUGGAGGCUCAAGUCCAAAGCACUGAACACAAAUACAAGAUGCUUUUCAUAGCAAAUGAGGCAAUGCAAAAAGAACUGCACAAGGUGAAGGAAAAAGCAGCAGUAAAGACAGAACCGUCUUUAAGAGACAUGAAAUUUGGGGUCAGGGCUUCUUAUGAAAGGAAAUCCCAUGAAGAUGAUAAACAUCUGAGUAGGGAAAAGGAUGCGAAGCUGUCAGCUGAAAAAUCCCAGGCAGCCCUUGCUAAAUCCCCCAGUGGGAAAAGGGAGGCAAAGGUACCAGAUAAAAAGCUGCUUCAGAGACCAUUGGUAGAGAGAACAGAAGACACCGGUGACAAACAGGAUGCAAAGCUUCUAGAUAAAAAGCCAUUACAGAAAGUCUUGGUAGAGAGAGGUGAAGGCACCAGUGACAAACAGGAUACAAAGCUUCUAGAUAAAAAGCCAGCACUGAAAGCCUCAAUAGAGAGAGGUGAAGGCACCAGUGACAAACAGGAUGCAAAGCUUCUAGAUAAAAAGCCAGCACUGAAAGUCUCGACAGAGAGAGGUGAAGACACCAGUGACAAACAGAAGGCACAGAAAGCCCCAGUAGAGAGAACUCAAGACACUGUUGUCAAAUGGGAUGCAGUCAUCCCAGUGGAAAAACAAGAAGAGACUUCAGGAGACCUGGCUGGAAGAUGGCAUGAACAACCUCUGGACAGUGAGCAAACAGAGGCUGCUGACAAAUGGGAUGUGAACCUCCUGGGUGGAACCCAGGAAGUUGUUGAAGAUGUCACUGGUGAGUGGCAUGAGAUCCUGCCAGAUGAUCAUGAGCUCAAGGCUGACAGUGAAGAAGAAAUUGAAAGUCUCCCAUCCCCAACAGAGCUCCCAUGCCAAGGGGUCUCUAAGAAAGGAAAGCAGAGGAGGAGGAAGGAAAGCCUGGACACUGAGGAGACACAUACAAAAAUAUCUCAGAGCCCUAUCAGCAGAAGCAUGCUGGACCCAUCCACUGCACUGUAUGGGUUUAAUUCAGCUAUCCUGGCUUAUCUGGAGCAGAAGACGGAGAAGCUAUGGAAAUGUCCCUCUCCUGGGAAGAGACAAGCAGAGAGGAUGCUGCCCAAGGACCCAGAAGCCCAAAGGCUCUACAUGGCCUUGGAGAGGAAACUGGAAGAAUUCUUCUCAAAAAUGAAGAUAAAAUAUUCCAGCAGCUUAGAGGAGCAGAAGCUUCCAAGGAGCCUGGAGCUGACUGAAGAUCGUGAGGAGGAGGCAAAGCCACCCUUGGAGGCUCUUCCUGGAAUGUUCAUUCCAGGGAAAGAAGUUCCUGGUCCCUCCAUCCAGUUGAGUGACCCUGACAGUUCCUUUUUGGAGUCCAAAGUUCCUGGGAUCUCACAAUGGGGACUCCCUGCAGCCCUGUUGAAGGAACCUAAUAUCUCAGCACAUUUUCAAUUUCCCAAGCAGUGGCAGCAGCAAUGGCAGCGACAACAGCAGGAGCAAUGGCAGGAGAAGGAAGAGGAAUGGUUUAAGGAGAUACAGAAGGAGCAGCAGUAUCAGAUGCAAUGGCCGUCACCACAGCCUGAGGAGCAGCUCCAGCAGCAGCUGCAAGGGGUAAAGGAGAAGGUAGAGGUGGAGCAGCAGGAAGCGCAUCAGUUUGAGGAGCUGCAGCCACAGCAGGAGCCACUGCAGGAAGGGCAGGAAGAGGAGCAAACGCAGUGGAAGAAGCAGCUGGAGGAACAAGAGCAGGAGGAACAUGACCUUCAUCUGAGGCAGUGGCAGCAGCAGGAGGUGAAGCAGCAGGAGCAGGAGAGGCUAUGGCAGCAGCAGUGGCAGGAGCAGCUACAGCAGUUGCAUGAACAGCAAGAGCUGCUGCAAAAACAGAUGCAGCAGGAGCAGUACCUGAUCCCAAGGCCUAAAACAGUUCCCCGGAGCAGAGAGCCUGGGACCCUGGAACACUUGACGAAACAGAUCCCACUCAGGCCAAGGAGAGACAUUGCAAAGGAAGAGGUGCUACUGUAUGAAUAUUUCAAGCCUUCUACCCAGCAAAUGGUUCCCACUCAGAGCAAAGUAUCCCUGCACUCUCAAGCUCAGUCUACUGAGGAGACUAGCUGGCUCCCGACGCUGGCUCAGAAGACCAAAGGGAAGAGUUUGGUGCCCUCCAGCAUGUCAGAGAAGCGGUACUGGGUGGAUGUGGAGGCUCAGAGGGAGAACUUGGUGCUGCUGGGGCAGGCGACCCAAAAGUGCAGACUACCCCCACACCUGCACAUGCAGGCGAAGGAGGUUAUCACUGAGACCCUGCACACUGAUGUUGAGAGGCUGGCUCUCCUCUUCCACAAAUACAUCUCCUUCUGCCACCUCCAGCAUGUCAGACAAACCUUAAUGUCCAGAUUGGAAGCUGCCAGAGCUGUAAAUGAUGGUGCUGAGGUCCGGAACUUGUAUACAUAUGUGGAGAGGGUGGAUGCUUACCGGAAAAAGGUGCUACAGUGCUGGGUGGCCAAACAGAAAACAGCAGAGCAGGCACGUCGACACUGCCUUGGCAAGAUGAUUUCCUUGUUUGCCCAGCUCCGCCUGAGCUCUGAACUCCACCUCAACAGCCCAUCCCCACUCGUGAUCAAAGCAGUGGAUGAAAUUAAGGAGUUCCCGUCCUCAGCCCAUGCCAGAUCCAAAUCCCCUGGCUAUCCAAGCCCCCUGGCAAGUGUGAAGAAAGUCAGAGACUUUAUGUAUCCAGCUGGAGUCAGUGAGCAGGUUUGUGACCAGAUAGAGUCAGUAUGGAGGACCGAUGUCAUCUCUCACAGUUUUCCUAUCGUUCCAAAACCCCAUGUGUCCCUGCUCUGGUCCCAGGCUGGUUUCCCAGAUAUCCCUAGAUUUCUGGAACUGGACGUGAGCUCAGUUAGGAGCAAACCCCUUAAGUCUCUACAGACACGAAUCCAGAACCUUCCUAGAUGGAAAACAUAUGGACACAAGUAAAAACCCAUGUAAAUAUAGGAUAGUCCAGAUGCAGUUUAAUGCACAACAGAAAUGUAUGUAGAAAGCAAAUAAAGUAUAUUCUUGUGUUUA